CAAAUACCAUAAAUCGAAAAAAGACAAGAAAAGGAAAAUAAUUAGAAAAAAAAAUUGAGUUCAACCAGUUUCUCUCUCCUCAAUUUCUCUCUCUGAAACGGAAUUGAAAUUGAAAAAAUUGGCACAAUCACCAACAAAAAUUCGGUGACACACGUUGAAACCUAUCUGCGCAACGCAUUUAUGCAUUCUUAAUUCUUCUGCUUCUGCUAUUAUUAUCUGUUAUGAAGAAGUUAACCGGUGGUGGUUGUUAUUAUAGUUAUUGUUAUUGUUUCAUCAUCCUCUUCUCACUCUCAUGGAAUUUCAAUUUCUCAGGUUUUGUUGAUACUAAGAAAGGUUUUGAGGUUGUUGUUGGUUCUCUAGAUGGGGAAAUGUCACAAUGAACGCUGCGUUUUUCCUCUUACAAGCUUGCAAAUUCGAGAUUUGCAAUCUUAUUUUGCAGAUCUUAGCAUUUUCCUCGCAAAUGAUAGUAAAAAGAUAUAUAUUUUUGUUGACAACAGACCAUGGGUGAGAGACCUUGGUUCACGGGGAGCGCACAUUUGGCAAUUGAUGGUUACCAAGUCGAGGUUAUCUCCUUUUGCGUAUAGCAAAAACCGAAGAGAAAGGAAAGAAGAAAAGGAGGUUUCUUCUCAACCUAGCACAAGUAAGUUUUUGAGAUGGUUCUCAUUGAUUGAAGCAGUAAAGAAAAAGAGAAUGUUGCUGCCAGUAAAAAACAUAAGGAACUCUUUGCAAUUCAGCAGUGAACUACAUAGAACUCUGUAUGGAUUUAUUGUAUUUGAAGUCGAAUGGACCAAUAUUCGUGGUAUUAACUACUUUAAUGAGCUCCUGACCGAUACAUCACUGGCUAUAGAAGCUAAACAAAUGAAAAGAUGGGAAUUUGAUAAUAUCACUCAAGCUGCAAGCUUUAUGCCUUCAUGGUUCUCAGGAACACUUUCCGAACAGCUACUUUUGAAAGAGCACCUGGAUUCUGCCUCAGGGGAAAUAUUUUAUGAUGCCAAUGAAACUUUCUCCGAGAAUGUAUCCAAUGAUGAUGACGACGAUAACAUCUGCAAUGGUACCGUAACUUUUGAAGAUAGUUUGGGUACCGCUACUGGAGCAUAUUCUGAUGACGCCGAAGAGACAACUGACAUGCUGCACACACCUCCUCCUUCUGGACCUAAUAAGAGAAGAAAAUUAAUGAAUUCCUUUAGUGCUGAAGUUGAUAUUGAUAGCUAUUCAGCAGCUGAAAUUGAUAACUCGUUGAAUUGUUCUCAGAGGUCUAGCUCUGCUUCUUCUGAUGAUAAGGUUGAAACCACUCAGUAUAGUGAUGCUCUACUGUUAUUUAGGUUUAAUGAUCCCAACCUCCCAUUCAAAUUCAGGGAUGUCAUUGUAUCUGAUCUGCGAUUGCUUACUUUGUUAGAGGCUGGUCUUCCAUCUUGGGUGAUCUUCCUCCAGUCAUAUCCCGUGUUAUGCAAUGUGUAUCGUCCUUGGAUGUGCCCACUUGCAAGACUGUUAUAUGUUUUGAUGUCAUUUGUCACUGUACUCAUUGGAUUCUACGAUUUAUACAAAAAUGUUCCAGUUCUAAAGGCAACUGCAUCUCGUAUAUGUGGGCCACUUUUUGAUUGGAUUGAAACUUGGGAAAUGGUUUCAAGGGUCAAAUACUUAGGGACAAUGUUGUUUCUACACAACUUCCAGAAGGCUAUUAGGUGGUUUCUUGCCGUUACACAUACCACACGAUCCUUUUUUUCAUUUCUUAUUCAACCUCUUAUAGAGUCACUGGUGGAGAUUUUUGGAUUUCUUCUCCCGAGCUUAAAUAUUUUGUUUGAUCUACUAGAAAGCAUCUUUUCUGUCAUUUGGAUUGGGAUUGAAACUUCUUGCACUCUAGUGGGAGAUGUGGUGGAGCUACUCUUUUUGCCACUGUGGUUUAUCCUCACCGUUGUUUGGAGGAUUGCUACAUGUGUCUUAUAUCCUCUAUUUUGGAUUCUCUGGGAAUUUCUUUAUGCUCCGGUUCGUCUAGUCAUGGUGAUAUUCAGUUUUCUGGCUGUAAUAUGCACGCGCGCUUGUAGUAUACUUGGAGAAACAUGGCAAUUUCUUGGUAGCAUAAUCCAGUUGGCUUCAUCUUCUGAAGCAACAAUCAGCAGUGCCAGUUACGAAGUUUCCAUGUGGCGCUCUCUUUGGAAUGAUCUUUUUUCACAGAUUUUCAAAGCUCUCAAAAGCAUAGUAUAUGGGCUUGUUGCCUUUUUCACAGCCUGCAACAGGCAUCGACUAAGCAUCUAUAAUCAUCUACAGGAGUUUAUCCAAAGAUUAUAUCGUCAGUGCCAAAGAUCACAGCAAGCAGAUCUGAGAGACAAAAGAAAAACUUAUUUAACAGUGGAUCUGGCUGAAGAAAAGAAGAAAGUUUAGUUUUAUCGAUCAAGAGACUGCUCUUGCUAUUGCAGUACUAGCUUAAUAAUCCUGACAUCAACCAACAGCACAGAAACACGGAGUUUGGGCAUCAGGAUGUUCAGUUGCUGCUUCAGCAAUCUCGAUAUGAUUUCAUGCAAAGAGUUCGAAAGAUUCUCUUUCUUUGCAAUAAAUUUUGCUUAUACUUGCCUCCCUAGUUUCAUCUUUUCUCACGAUUUUCUAACAGUUUGCACAGUCGAAGUUUUCACAUGUAUAUAUGUACGUUUAUGUACAGGAAACUUGUAAAUUUUGUCAAAGUAAGUAAUUCCUUAAAUGUAUAUAUUCAAAUUCAAAUUGAUUGAUGUUAAGCUGCAUCAAUUUUGUAUAAAUUUACAACGAUGCUCGUUAAAAAGCAUAGUCAAAGUUGAUUAAUGAUGAUACGCAAACACUUCUAAGUA